GGCGAACGGUAUCCCUACUCACGUGAUCCUCUUAAACCAAACGUCAUUUCGACUUUAAUUCUUGCGCACUUCUCAGUUAAAUUAGUUAUUUCAAGGUCAUUAUCUUGGCUCGACUUGGUUAUACCUACGUGCCUCACCACUAGCUCAUUCUGAUAUGCUAUGGACAAUUUAUUGUCACCAUUCAGCGCACAAACGCACCUUCACGAUGGGAAAAUACACAUAAUCCUCGCGGCCAGCGGAUCUGUUGCUACAAUCAAGUUGCCGAAUAUUGCCAAAGCACUUGGUCGCCAUCAUAAUGUGUCUAUUCGCAUCAUCGUCACCAAAUCUGCAGAGCGAUUUCUUAGAGAACAAAGCUUGGAACAGCCCUCACUAGAAGCCUUGCGAAUAGUUCCGGGCGUUGAGGCUAUAUACAGAGACGAAGAUGAGUGGGUGUAUCCCUGGACGCGAGGCGACCCGAUACUACAUAUAGAACUCAGGAAGUGGGCACAUUUAUUACUUGUCGCUCCUCUCUCGGCUAACACGAUGGCCAAAAUGACUAUGGGGAUGGCCGACAACCUUCUUCUCUCUGUGAUCAGAGCAUGGGACACGACAGGAACAGUCGAUUCCACGUUCAAGCGUAGGAAGCCGCUAAUUUUUGUUGCACCCGCAAUGAAUACGGCGAUGUGGAACCACCCAAUUACUGGUAGACAGAUUGAGAUUUUGGAGGAGGACUGGGGUGUGAAUAACAAGGGCAAGGAUGGCUGGGUUUCUGUUCUCCGUCCAAUGGAGAAGUCACUUGCUUGCGGUGACAUUGGCAAUGGUGCCAUGAUGGACUGGGAGGCCAUAGUCCGCAUUGUGGAGCAGUAUAUCGGUGUUCAACCACAAGGUGGUAUCAGCGUUUCAGGGUGAGUUAGUCAAUGAAGCCGGCGAAGGUA